AUGGAGCCCGAAUGCUGGGACGGGGAGGUGGUUCUGGUAAAGUGGCCCGCAAAGUGUCGCAAGCUGCAGGGGAAGCUUCUUCUAACUGCCACGAGGCUGGUUCACAUUCCCGAUUCACCUGACACACAGACUGGAAAUUCUUUGGAGAUCCAGCUUGCCGGAGCCAGGAGCAUAAAGCUUGAGAUCUCCAAGAAACGGCCUGGUUUUGACGAGGCUUUGGUUCGCCUUUCCAACCUACCGUCUCCACCGGGGAAGCUCGUGGUUGAGUUCACAUGUCCUCAAAACAAGUGGGCGCACCUGAGCGAGCUUUCAGAAUGGAUGCGGGCACGUGAGCAGGAAGCCAAACGGCUGGAAGAGGAGCAGCGACAAGAAGCAGAAACCCUCGGGGAGCAGCUGCGCUCGGUCUUGUCUUCUCCGGAAUUGAGCCAGCAAUACCAGUACUUGGUGAAGCAGACUGGGAUCCUCACAUCUUCGGAGUUCCUUGAACAGCAUGCGCACGAGAUCUCAUUGCUUAAGCCACUGCCCGAAGCACCGGCAGUGGAUUUAGCUCCUUUGCGCGUCGUUGCAGCUGCGCACCGCUCUGACCAUGUAGUCAGCCCAGAAGAUCGCUCAGCAAUAUUCAAAGAGCUUCCCGAAUUAGGGCAGCUCCAUUCUGCAACGGUUCCAUCCAUGAUGACAGAGGCUCAGUUCUGGGAGAGGUGUUUGAGAAGCCGUUUCUUUAUGACCGCUGCGGGGAAGGAGGUGCCCGCUUCACAUCCUGAGGACCGGUUGUUCGAUUCGCUAAGCACAUCCAAGCCGCCAACGGAGCCAAGAGAGCCAAGAGAGCCAACGUUUCGAGCCAUCCUUUCACACCUCGAGGUGGACCUGACAGGUGACUUUGAAGCUGAUCGGCCCUCGAAGAAAAGCCGGACUGGCGCUCUCAUCAGCCGGCUCAAUGAGCGAAGUGCUGGAGCUACUGCUGCCAUGCCCACGGCUCCCGAAGGAGGCGCUCGACCACCAGGAGGCGUAGCUCCAGUAGGUACAGGUCUCCAUGAAGCGGUGGAGAAACGACGAUUUGAACUCCGGAAUGCAACCAAGGAAUUACAGGAGGAUCUGGGCAUGGCCAGUGCGGACACUUCCUCUGAAACUUUUUCUCGGCCUGCUCAAUUGCAACUGAAGCCAGGAGCCGGUGCUUUGUCCACCGUUCCCGAGAAGAGAGGCUCGGAUGCAACGGCUAAAGUCAGCCAUACCAGCUUGGCAACCCCACCAACAUGGACUUUUGAGAAGGGUCCAUCUGUCUCAGAAGCCGGCACGCGGUGGGUUCUCAAAACUUCGACCGAUGAGCUUCUAGCAGCUGAGCGGCUUCUUCCACUGUCUGGAAGUGGCGGGGAUGCCCACACCCACACGGUUGCACCGGAGCCAGUGGUCAGGGCAGUGACUCUCCUGCGCCACUUUUGGUCGAGCCGUGUCGCUGAGAAGGACAUGCGCGCCAAGCUAGCUGGUGAGGCCGCCAAUCUUCUCGGCGCCCUUGUUGACAUCAGCAAAGGUGGUGGAAGGAACAAGGCUGCUAUGGCGAGGUCAAUCAUUCCAGCUCUGCGCCAGGCAUUGGACCUCCAUGCCCAAGCA